AUUAAUCGCUUGUUCAGAUCAGGCCCAUGGCUACACCUAUAAAUGCCCAAAGUCCUCAAUUCAGCUACCCAUUCAAAAACCCAUAAACAAAAAACACAGACAUACUAUAUAACGGAGCACCAAAAAGAUAAAAAUUAAACAAAGGGUAUAAUUAAUCUACACGAACAAAUAAAGAAAAAGCAGAAUACCUAAUCAAACCCUAGGCUAAAAUUUAUUUUCAUUCGACUUUAGCAUCUGGUGAUUAUUAUUAGUAUUAUUUUUGUGUGUAUGUAUAUAUAUUUCAUGUGCGUCUAUGUGUAAAGGAACAUAGAAUGGAAAACGACUCAGCAGCAGUUGCUACAACGACGACGAAGAAGACAACGACGACAUGGAGUACAUGGGAGGAACUUUUGUUAGCCUUUGCUGUGAAAAGGCAUGGUCUUAAGAACUGGGAAUCUGUAGCUAUGGAACUCCAAUCCCGUAUCUCUUUACCCGUUUUAUUGACCGCUCAAAUUUGUAAGGAUAAAUACCAUGACCUCCGCCGCCGCUUCAUGAAUAGCUAUAACUAUAACAGUUAUGAUGAGAAGAUUAACGACAGUUUUGAUGAAGGAGUUGAGCUGGAUGUUGAUGGGAAUGGAGAUGUAACGAUUCCUUGGAUUGAGGAGCUGAGACAACUCCGUGUUGCUGAGCUUAAAAAAGAGGUUCAACGCUACGAUCUUUCGAUCCAGUCGUUGCAGUUGAAAGUGAAAACAAUGGAGGAAGAGAGGGAACGGAGUUUGAAGGAGAAGAGUUUAGACGAUGGAAAGAGACCAGAUCUGGAGGAUGUAAAGGAAGAGAGAUCGCAAAACGACAAAAACAGCGGUGCCGAUGUUAAACCGGAGGAUUCGACCGGAAAAGCGGUGUCGAGCGAGGAAUCAGACCGGGAAAACCGGUCCUUCAACGAGUCUAAUUCAACAGAGAACAGAGAAACCGGUGUUAAAAACGAAGCGGAACCGGUCGAGAUCGGUGAAGAUAAACCGGUUCAGGAAGUUAAACCGGUUAGUGAAGCGGAUUCAUAUAACGAUAGCAGUUCAGAUAGACAGGAGAAGAAAGUCCGUCGUGACUCUGGCGAUUUACGCGAUACAGUAAGCGAGUCGAAGGAGGAGACAAAGGAAAACAGUGACGUGCAGAGCACGGCGACUUUAACGAAGAGAAAACGGCAGUGCAGCGGCGGCGAUGGUGGUAGAAACGGCGGAGAUGCGGCGGAGAUGGCUUCUCCGGCCGUUGGAAUUAAAGGGGAGGUAACGGCGAAAUCAGAGCCGUUAAUUGAGUUUUUAGAUAUUAUCAGGUCGCAUAAGCGCGGCUCUAUGUUCAAACGCCGGCUAGACAGCCAGAAAGCGGACAAGUACAAGAGUAUAAUCCGACAACAUAUGGAUCUUGAAACGGUUCAAGCUCGGAUUGACGACGGAUCCUAUUGCUCUUGCCCCGCCAAAUUCUACUUGGACCUCCUACUCGUCUUCAACAAUGCUAUCGUCUACUUCCCCAAGUCUUCCUCAGAAUCAACUGCAGCUAAUGAACUCCGUAGCAUUGUAAUUGAAGAAUUAAAAAAGACCAGAGCCCAAUCAAAGGAUCAAUCACCCGGACCUAGACUCGCACCAUUAAAGAUCCAACUCAAGCCCGAAUUGGAGAUAUCCGAUUCUUUGCUUGCAAAACACAAAUCUACCGUUCCUAUUGUAGUUUGUCGCAAAAGGAGCUCCAUUUCAGCUAAAGCAGCAGGUUCUGGUAAUAACAAACCGGAAAAACACGGUGAUAGUAAACCUCCUUUGAAUCCAAAGCCACCGAUAAAGUCUUCUUCGAAUGAAGAAGAGAGUUCAAUCAAGCUUGGGAUGAAAGAAAAACCAGUGACUGGGGCAAGAAGUAUGAGGAGAAGCAGCAAAGGUCGUUCAAAUAACAAUGCUUCACCAUCCAACAACAACAACAACCAGAACACAAAUCCCAAGCAAACCAAUAGCGGUGGGGACAAAAAGGAAGACGCGAAACCAGAGAAGAAGAAAGAAGAAUCUAAAAAACGAGGAGCUGCAGCGGACUUCUUGAAGAGAAUAAAGAAGACUUCUCCUACGAAAGGAACAUUAAUUGAGGCACUAAAAAAUGAUCCUACGGAGGAUGUUGUUAGUGUUAAAGUUAGUAAUAAAAAAGAGCAGCAAAAGAAAAAAGUUGAUGAUCGGAGAGAAGUUCCAGUAAGGCGUAGUGGUGGAGGUGGUGGCAGCGCAAUCAAGGAGGAAGGUAGUCCGUCUAAAAGGAGCGUAGGUCGACCACCAAAGAGAGGUGGUAGAGAAGUAGUAGUGCAGGAAAAGCGUGGAAGGGAAAAUAGUGAAAAGGAUGAUUCCUCUAAACGGCCAAAGAAACGAUCAAGGAGGUAAAAUUAUGAUGAAUCAGGUUAAAAUUAGUGAUGUUAAUUAGUUUAGAUCUCAUUUUGCACUGUACAUUUCACAUUUUGUAUUUUUAGUGUCAGGUUUUAAUUUUUGGAUUUUAUAUUUUAGGAUUAGUUUACAUCUUUUGCUUCUGUAACUUGUUAUUGGUGAUUGUACCUUUUCCUUGUUACAGUUUUUCUCAAUUAGUUUUAUGCUAAUUGUCCCAUGCCA